GCGAGAUUUCAAACCUGACGCCUCGUUUGUUAGUUGUUUUGUUACCAAAAUCCUGUACAUUAUCUUAUGAUCUGCUUCAUCGCUUCAAUCGAUUUCUACCAGAACAUUAGUUUGUGGUAAUUUUGCUACCAAUAUCUAGCAUUCCUAUGUUCUCGUAAUCAUAUGUUUCACGGGGAUAAUAAACGAUGAUUUCUACAGACCAAGAACUCAAAAUUUCUCGUAUGACUAAAAGAUCACAAAAUAAAAAAUUAUUCGGCCGCGAUAAUUACAAGUUACGCGAGUUCGUAUUACAGCCAUAUUGUAUCCGGUAUUUUGAAGUUAGCGGCGGAAAUCGUGGUAAAGAAAAAGGUCAGCUUCUUCUCAGUCAUGUUAAGUUCAUUGAAAAAGUGCAAGACGAUGAGCUUGAUAACAAAAAGAAUGCUUUCCAAGUCGCUUAUGCAGAAGAUGCGAUCUCCAGCACUUGGUAUCUUCUGUAUAUUGUCGCGAAUUCCUCCAUUGAACGAGAUGACUGGAUAAGUCUGGUUAGAUUUUAUACACGUGAACGAGGAGCUACUUUUCUACCACGUUAUCACCCCGGUGUUUGGAAACGCCCCGGCAGAUAUAGUUGUUGUGAUGAUAUUAAUCGUCGAUCUAUGGGAUGUCAACCUACUAAUGAACCAGGUCCAUCUGUGGUUAUUGAGCAACUUUGGCGAACAGCUGCAGGAGUUGAUUCAAGUAACUUUCAAACUCAAUCUUCACAGGUUGUGACGACAACUAAUCUGGUGACAAAUACACAAUCCUCUUAUCCCGUUUCUACUCCCCAAUUGGUUACAAUGCAGCUUAAUCCAAACGUACAACUUGCAUCCAAUCCACUAUCAGUAUCCGAUUUAAGUACGACGAAUGUACCUUCCACUGCGGCUUCAUUUAUUCCACUUACUUCUACUGUUGGGUUCCCUUUACUUCAUCAAACACCAGGUCUUUCAGCUCCUGUUACAGGAGUAUUGAUGUCCACUGUCGUUACUAGUUCGGUUUCUCCACCAACCUUAUUUCAAAUACAACAGCAACAGCUUCUGCUACAGCAAAAACAACAACAGCUUGCUAUGCUUGCAAAUACUAACGCAGGUCAAUUUUCUCAUUUAAACAAUGUAUUACGUCGGUCAGGAAUGAAUCAAAAUAGAGGACAUUCCCUACGUUAUAUUCAGCCAGCUUUUGAUAUGGAUGAAGGAGAAAAUACUGUCAUUGCAGUAUAUAACUAUAAUCCUGUAAGAGAGAACCAACUGCCUUUACAAAAAGGUGAGAAGUAUUACGUAGUCAAUCAAAGUAAUGCUCAAUGGUGGUAUGUUAGAAAUAUAGCUGGCCAAUUGGGUUACGUGCCUACCAAUUAUGUUCAUAAACCAAACAGUCUGAAUUCAUUUGAUUGGUAUUACAAAGAUAUCACUAGACAACAAGCUGAAGCUAUUUUGCUAGACGAGAAUCGCGAAGGUUGUUUUCUGGUUCGAGACUCAGUUAGCAAAAAGAACACAUACACUUUAUCAGUUACUUCGAAAGACCCUGAAGCGCCAGGAAAAUUAAAAGUACAUCAUUAUCAUAUCCAUAGAACAGAGUCAUCAAGUCUAAAUGGACACAUGAAUGGAUGUGGUAGUGGUAGCAAUGUUGGCUUAAAUUCUGCUGCAUCUGUUGCUACCAACGUUACAGUAACAACAAAUUCAACAUGUAAUACUACUGUAAAUAUGAAUGGUUCAACUGGCACAGGCUUGAAUACUCCUAAAGUUGGAUCAACCACUAAUGGAGAAGCACAAUAUUAUUUGUCUGAAAAGCAUGCAUUUCCUACAAUCAGUGAUGUAAUACAUUAUCAUAAGCAUAACUCUGGUGGACUGGUUGUUCGACUCAGAUCACCACCAACUAAAGAUCGCGAAAGUCCUGUCACUGCUGGAAUGGGUCUAGACGAGUUUGAACUCGACCCAGCUGAACUUCAUUUAGAAAGAGAGCCUAUUGGAAAAGGACAAUUCGGUGUUGUGAAACGUGGCAAGUUCCGAAACAUUCCUGUAGCUGUAAAACAAAUGGUCGAAGGAGCCAUGAAUGAAGAUGAUUUUAUUGAAGAGGCUAAAAAUAUGAGAUUCCUUAAUCAUCCAAAUCUUGUACAGUUGUUUGGUGUUGUAUUGAAAAAGCGUCCAAUUAUGAUUAUCACUGAAUACAUGAAACAUGGUUCUCUACGGGAUUUUAUGCGACAACGCCAGCCACAGUUUUGCAAUCGACCAGUUGUGAUGUCUGAUAUUUGUGCUCAAGUGGCAAAUGGAAUGGCCUACUUAGAACAAGAACAGUUUGUACAUCGAGAUUUAGCUGCACGGAACUGUUUAGUGAAAUCAAUAAGCCAAAAUUCAGUUCAUGUUAAGGUAGCUGAUUUCGGUAUGGCACGUUUCUUGCUAGAUAAUGUUUAUGAACCAAGCGCUGGAACGAAAUUCCCUGUUCGUUGGGCACCACCUGAAGUAUUUCAAUCUACUUAUACAGCUAAAGCAGAUGUAUGGAGUUUCGGUGUACUCAUGUGGGAAGUGUUUACCUGUUGUUCAGAAAAUCCUUAUCAAGGCAUGAACAACACACAAGUGUAUCAGUACAUUGUCGGUGGUGGUCGAUUGCAUAAACCUGCUGUAUGCCCCGAAAGAAUUUAUGUUUUAAUGCUUGAGUGCUGGCAACAUGAUCCUAGUAAGAGACCAGCAUUUGAAUAUAUUUGUCAAAAAAUUAGCGGAUAUCUGGAUCAAAACUGUGAGAAUUGACCUACUAGUUAUGUAAACAAUUAUCGUGAUUUUUAUGUGGAUAGAGUUUUGUUUAUUGGACGAAAUAACUCUUGGAAUUUGUAUUGUUAAUUCUGCAGAGUUAGAAUAAAAUACAUUAAGAGAAUGUUUCACAUAUUUCAACAAUUUAUCUAAAAAGAAGGAGCAAUCUGUAUGAAAGUCCACGGCAAAAAUCAUGAUGAGUAUAUAACAAAUUAUGGUUCAACCAACUAAAUUUAUCUUCAAAGUUCAUACCAUGACAACUUCUAACCCAUAUGUGUGUGAGUGCCAAGCAUUUCGUUUAAUUAUUACUUAUUCACUGUGGUGUUUAAUUAUUUUUUUGUUUUUUGUGCUUGUAUCUCUUGGAAUUUAGUCUUUUUUUAGUGUUUCGAUGCGUUUAUAAUUCCUUUCCUGUAUAGAGUCAGUCAUGUACAUCACUUUGUUCAUGUCACUUAAAUUAUCCCCAUCACAGUUUAGCUUCUUUUUCAAUUUUGUCAAAAAUAAUUCCGGUGCUAUUUUUACUUAUUCUUUCUGAGAAAUGACAAAAUUCUCCUUCAGAAAUUGUACUAAUCGAUUUUGAACUCUUCCAUGUUGAAUAAAAUGAUGUGUAGUGUAUUGCUUUUCUUUUUCCGAUGUCUCAAUAUAUACAUUAUUGCGUAUUCUUUUGUUUCUUUUCAUGUUGUCUCUAUUCUUAGUUAUUAUUAUUACUAUUAUUAUUAUUAUUAUCGUUGUUACUGCGCAACAUUUUUUCUUAUUUUCAAUCAAAUAAUAAUCUAUUUUUUAAAGAAUCAUGUAUGUUAUUGUUUCUUUUCACAAUUUAUGAUACUUCAGCGUUUUGUAUAGCUUUUGCUACAAAUGUAUUCUUGUAUAACAAUUAUCACAGAUUAUGCGAGCUAGCAAAACUGUUCUCUACGUCUUCUCUUCUCUCUCUCUCUCCAUAUAUAUAUAUAUAAACACUUGUAUUUAUCAUGUAUAGUGAUUGCCAAACAAAUAUCAGUAUAAAUACUUCUGACAUUACCUCCACGAUUUGAAAAAGACUUUUAAUGAGUAAACUUAUUAUUUUUUUUGUUUUGUUUUUCAAUUCUCAUUUUCCUCCCAUAAUUGUUUACAUUUUCACUUGGCCUAUAUUUCUAUUUAAUAAACAUAUUCAUCUAACUAAAAAACUGUAUUAUUUCUCUGUUAUUUUAUCACAUCGAUGUUUA